AUGACCACCGCCACAGUGAAUGCAAAGGAUUUUGUUUCCAAACUCAUGACUCUCGUUCCGCAAUUUAUGGAGGCAGUAGAGGAAAAGCUACCAUUUGUCACAAAUCUAGAGGCGGAUCAUGUUUGCUGGAGAACUGAAACGACGGAAUCCUAUCAAGGCCUGGUUUUGGCACUGAAGGAAUAUCGUGAGAGUGACUUGCUGAUAGAAUCCGAGAUAGGAGGUCGCCCAAUCGCAACAUUUGAGUUCAAAGAAGGAAUUCGAUAUAAGGAAAGAUAUGUAAAGGUUCUUGAAAUUCCAUCACCGAAAGAGGGAUCGCCCUACAAAGAAGGUUUGGAGCAUGUGGAAUUUGUCAUCGGCGAAAGCUCCGACCAUGGCUCGUAUUCGCCAAUCAAUGAUACGAUACACAAAGCAACCCUAAAGAAGGUCAUGUUGGACCAUCCAGAAACCAAUUGGAAUACAAAGGCGAGCAGCAAGGAGGUAAACCCUGAUGUCUCCGUCAAGCUUGAUCUUUCAUCUUUUGGAACCUGUUCGGUAAAGUUUCAUCUACUACCGCUGGCUAAGGUGAUCGAAUACGAACUUGCACACGGGAUGACCUAA